AUGGUCGAAGAGUGUUGGAAUAAAAUCACUACAACAGCUGAAAUAUUUCAAGAAUAUUGCUCAGAGAUUGGGGUUGAUGGAAUUCACUUUGAAGAUGUCUAUUCUUUAGAAGAACAACUAGACAAAGGAACUAAAGGGUUUAUAGUUAGUCUUCCCUAUCCAAUUCAAAACACAGAUUUUUAUGAAAAUAAUUACCAAACAGAACAUCACCCAUUUUUUAUUCACCAAACUAUUGGCAAUAUUUGUCCAUUAAUGGCAAUUAUUCAUAUUUUGAUUAAUUCACCUUCUGUCCAAUACCAAAGUGAUGGUACGUAUGGUCGUUUUAUUCGUUCAUUACAACAGACACAAACGAAGGAAGAAAUAACACAAUGUUUCCAAAUAUUUAAACAAAUUCAUUUUCAAAUAUCAAAAAGAUGUUGUACAAAAGAAGAUGAAGAACGAGAAAACAUACAAGAAGUGUACCACUGUAUUGCCAUUAUUCCAUUUGGUUCACACAUUUUUGUUUUAGAUGGGCGAAAGGGAAGUUAUUGCGUUCUUUCAUUAACUUCAAGAUCUUCAUUUGUAUCACAAGCACUGUCAUUUAUUUGUAACAAUGCACCAUCAAAUGGACUAUUUUCAGUAGUGAGUUUAUGUUAA